AUUUCCUGCUUGCUGCUUCGGGUGCUUAGUUGCGGUGUGUGUAGAAAGCGUAGAAAUGUCUCACACAAUCCUGCUCGUGCAGCCCACCAAGAGACCCGAGGGCAGAACCUAUGCAGACUACGAGUCGGUGAAUGAAUGUAUGGAAGGGGUUUGUAAGAUGUAUGAAGAGCAUCUGAAGAGAAUGAACCCCAACAGCCCAUCUAUCACCUAUGACAUCAGCCAGCUAUUUGACUUCAUCGAUGACUUGGCAGAUCUUAGCUGUCUGGUGUACCGUGCAGACACUCAGACAUAUCAGCCCUACAACAAAGACUGGAUUAAAGAGAAGAUCUAUGUGCUCCUACGCCGACAGGCCCAGCAAGCAGGAAAAUAAUCUUGAUAUUUUAGUGAAGAAAAAAAGUGGGAGUUUUGUUUUUGUAUUAUAGUGGUUUGUCUUUUGUUUAAACUAUAGGGGCCUUGAGUGAUUUAGACCAAUGUUGGAUGUUGCGUGUCAUUUUUUUUUUUUCUAUAAAAGAAAUAUUCAAACGAGUCGGCACAGACCAAGAAGCCGAGUCUACUUGGUGAAAACGUUAACCACUCAGACUCCAACGACUGUAUUGUGUAGAGUCCAGCUACACGACAACGUGACCAGCCUGCUCUGCACACUUCAUUUCACAGCCGCUGUUUUGGCAGGAUAAAACAAGGCCUAAUAUUUUACUGGAAAGAAAUAAAAGCUUGAAUAGA